GUUCCUGCCAAUCCGGUAGUGGAUCAACCUGUUUGUACAGAAAGGAAAGCAGUGAUCAAAUGGAAAUCGGCAGAAGAUCACGGCGACAACAUCAAGAAGUACAUUGUCGAAAUGGAAACGGAUUUUCGUAAGGGAGUUUGGGAACGUGUAGUAGAGGAAACGAACGUCGCCAGGGAGAACUUCGAAGCAGAUGUCACCUUGACGCCUUGGGUGAAUUACACAUUCCGAGUGAUUGCUGAAAAUUCACAUGGCCGAUCAGAUAUGAACAUUGGUAUCGAUGACGAA